CAGUGUGCGUGCAAUGUGUAUAGUUAGAGAGAGCCUCUUUACGAUCACGGUCCGCGAAGGCCAGUCUUAUCAUCCGCACGAUGGCUCGCGUACCACCACUGUCAUGUCUCUUCGUGCUGUCAUUCAUCAUUUUAUACGCGACAUCUUAUGUAAAUGCAACCAUUUUUGUGCCUGAAGAAAUUCCAUCAUUGUUGUCAGUAGUCUACAGUAACAUGCCACCAAUCAAAAAAGGUACGGACUCGAGACUGGGUGUGGGAUUCCGAUUGGGUCCGAACGCUGACGUGCAGUUCCAGUUAGAACUCGGGCCGCAAACUAACACGUUGCCGAUCGGUGGCACCGCAUCUACACCCGCAGUGGCGAAUAAGAGGCACGCGACUGUAGGACAGGGUAGUGGCUCAAAUGGUGGCAAACCAAAGGACUGGCUAAGUGCGUGGCGGUUGCAGAUGAGCCCUGGGUACGUGGCAGACGAAAGCAAUAACGCGGUCUCAGGGGAAGCGCCGGGUGGCAGCGCCGGCGACGGAUCCAUGGACGCGGUGGCGCACCUCAGACAGCUGUACAAACCACAACCAAUGGUCGUGUAACUGGAACACUACGCCAUUAAUAAUUAAGAUUUUAAUUUAAACCGAACGAUAUUUAUUUUUUCCCAUUGUCCCUUUGUUUUGUAAAAGCAGUACAAGUUGAUGUUUAAUCAA